AUGGGAAUUCCUUUCUUCACAAUUUCAUCUUUCUCACUACUUACUCUAUUUCUCACACUGUGCAGCGCACUAAAUAACUCUACGAACUUUCAUGUUGGCAUCGUACUUGAUUUCGAGUCACUUGUUGGGCGAAUAGGCCUCACCAGCUUGUCAUUGUCUCUCACUGAUUUUUAUUCACUUCACACAAACUAUUCUACAAGAAUUGUGCUUCACACAAGGGAUUCAAAGGGACUAGUCACCGAUGCUGCAGCUAGUGCUCUCAAUUUGUUGAACGAGGUAGAAGUCGAUGCAAUAAUUGGUCCUCAAAAAUCAGCGCAAGCAAACUUUGUGAUUGGUCUUGGAGAUGCAGCAAAAGUGCCUAUCAUUUCUUUUUCUGCAACAAGUCCUUCACUCAAUCCUCGAACCCUCUAUUCCGUUCAGACUGCCCCAACUGAUGCUGCUCAAGUUGAUGCUAUUGCAACCAUAGUUAAGUACUACAGAUGGGGUCAAGUUGUUAUCGUGUAUGAAGAUUCAGACUAUGGCAACGGCAUUGUUCCUUUCUUAUCUAAUGCAUUUCAAGAUGUCAACGCUCGAGUUUCAUACAGAAGCGUUAUCCCUGUAUCAGCAACUGAUGAUUUUAUCCUUCAAGAGCUGUACAAGAUGAAAACUAUGCAGACGAGAGUCUUUGUGGUGCAUAUUUCAAGCUCUCUUGCUUCCAGGUUUUUCCUUAAAGUGAAGGAAGCGGAAAUGAUGAGCCAAGGGUAUGCAUGGAUUGUAACCAGUGGGCUGAUGGAUUUGUUUUACUCACUGGAUCCACAUGUAGUCGAAUCCAUGCAAGGAGUUAUUGGUGUAAAGCCCUUAAUUCCCACUUCAAGAAGACUCAGGUCUACAACUAGAAGGUGGAAAAGGAAGUUCCUUGAGGAUAAUCCCAGCAUCUCAUCACAAGGAGAGAUGAGCCUUUACGGGCUGUGGGCAUAUGAUACUUUGUGGGCAUUAGCUAUGGCUGCAGAAAAAGUUGGGAUUAGGGAGCCAAGUGCUUCACAGAGUAAACUUGCUUUUAACUCCACCAACAUGUUUGCUACUGAAAUAUCACAAACAGGUCCAAAACUUCUGGGAGCAAUCUUGGGGACGACAUUUCGAGGACUAGGUGGGGUUUUCCGAUUAGUAAAUGGUCAACUAGAGACGUCAUCUUUUCAAGUGCUGAAUUUAGUUGGAAAGGAGCUGAAAGAGGUGGGAAUAUGGGAACCACGGACUCGAAAUUCAGGUGAAAAAAAUGUGAAUCGAAUCAGUUUUACAGGUGAAAAAUUGAAGAACAUCACAUGGCCCGGAGAAUCAAAGGAAGUACCAAAGGGAUGGGAGUUCCCUGUAAGUGGUAAGAAGCUUAAAGUUGGAGUUCCAGCAAGAGCUGGUUUUACGCAGUUCGUAAAAGUCGAAAGGGACCCUCAAACUAAUGCUUCCAAAAUCAGUGGAUACUACAUAGAUUUGUUUGAUUCUGUAAUGGCACAUCUACAUCAUGGCGCUGUCCGAUACGAGUAUGUCCCAUUUGAAACCAAUGAUGACUCAAGUGCGGUGAACUAUGAUGCAUUAGUAUAUGAAGUCUACAAUGGGAUGUACGAUGCUGCUGUCGGCGACAUCACCAUAACAGCCAACCGAUCUCAAUUCGUCGACUUUACUCUCCCAAUCGAAGAAGGAGGAGUUACGAGGACACAGAAGAUUCAAUAUGAAAAUCCCAAUGAUGAAUGGUUUUUCUUGAAGCCCCUCAAAAAGGAACUAUGGUUAACUGCCAUAGCCCUAUUCAUUUUGACUGGAGUUGCUCUCUGGAUUCUUGAACAUAGGUUUAACAGAGCUUUCAGAGGUCCCCCCUCGGAGCAUGUUGGCUUGAUUUUCUACAUUCCCUUCAUGUCAUUAGUAUUCGCACAUAGGGAAAGGAUAGUGAGCAAUUUAGCUCGACUAGUUGUGGUCGUCUGGGUAUUUGUUGUGCUAAUAUUAAGCUCAACUUACACAGCAAGCCUUUCAGCAAGAUUAACAGCAUGGAAACUUCAAAAAGCUGAUACAGAUGUAAAUGUGCUUAUCAGAAACGGAGACUAUAUUGGGUGUCGUGAAGGCUCUUUCAUCUUUCAGUACUUGAAAGAUUUGGGAUUCGAUGAAUCCAAGAUCAGGACUUACAAUAAUCCAGAGGAUGUUGAUGAUGCCCUGUCUCGAGGAAGUGAGAGAGGUGGAAUAACGGCACUGUUCUCCCGCACGCCUUACACCAACCUCUUCUUGUCCAAGUACUGUAACAAGUACAUGAAAGUUGGCUCACCAUUUCUCACUGAGGGCUUCGCCUUUGCUUUUAGAAAGGGAUCGCCAUUAGUUGCUGACGUCUCUCGCACAAUCAUUGAACUCAUAGAUGAUGGUAGAAUAUCGGAAAUUAAAGCGCAUUGGAUGAAAGACUCAGCAUGUAAUGAAGAUGAACUAGGUCUCUCUACUGCCUCAUGGAAAAAUAUCGACUUGCAUAGCUUUAAAAUCCUCUUUGGAAUCACUGGGGCGAUCACCACGACCUGCCUUGUGGUAUUCUUGGUCACAUAUCUCUACAAAAAUAGAGAUUUUAUUCAAAGGAUCUCCAGCUCUAGCACCACAAUUUGGUCCAAGGUUCGUGCACUCUGCAAGCAUUUUGAUCAACGAGACCCCAAAUCGUUCCGUUGUAGCAGGUCCAAAGAAGACGACGAGAAUGCAUCGCCAAACAUAAUUGUAUAUCCAAUUCGUAGGAGCACAAUAGUUCCAGUUGAAUCAGCAGACAUCGAAGACGCAAAUGGAGUCAUUCGUACUAAUUCAGACCAUAGAGAACAUGCAGAUGAAUCAAGAUCAAUCCAGCUUGAAAACAUCAGAGUAUGCCGCCAGCUAAGGCAGCAUAUAGAAAGGCUCAUCCAGACCAAUUACCUAAAGGACUGUGUAGACAAAGCUCGUAGGAGCGAGGAUCACCCUACUGACUACACUAGAAAGGAGCACCGAAAAGAUAAAGCUCUUGUUGAAGAGCAAAGCCCGAAAAAGAUACCUGCUAAAGGGUGA